UUUGAAUUAAAAACUGCUCUGCUGUCAACCGAUUUCGGUUGUGAAAAACUGAGUGAUUAGAAAGAUAUUAUAGGAGCUUUGUCCUUAAGUUAUACAUUGAUAGUGGAACUUCGUCGUAUUAUACGAGAUAUACUUGCUGCCGAUGUGCUGAAACUUCAGUGUAGUAUCACAGACAGCGCGAACUAGAAAGAAUUCGUAAGGUUAAUGUUGGCACUACUACAUAAUCAAAUACAAACUUAAAAAUGUCGUCAUCGGGAGCGGAACAACCGGCAACGGAAGAAAACGUCGAACCGCAGUCCUCGGGCAGUAAUGGUGUGCCAGAAACUGCACAGGCUACAGCAGUUCGUGAAAGUGAACCACCACCUGCUCCACCAGCACCAGCAGGAGAGGCACCUACCAAGAAGUCCAGGGUAGACCUGCAGUCACUACCAACAAGACAGUACUUGGACCAGACUGUUGUGCCAAUAUUGCUUCAAGCACUGUCGACAUUAGCAAAAGAAAGGCCUCCUGAUCCAAUAAGCUUUCUGGCAGCCUACCUGCUGAAAAACAAAAGCCAUUUUGACCAAAGUGGAGCACCGCAGAACUCAAGCCAGUGAUGAAGUGCAGAGGCAUAAUAGACAUACGCACAUUUGAGUUGUGGAAUGUGAAGAUCUGUGGUUUCAUAUUUUUAUCAUAUUCGUCGGCAUUAUAUUCAAUGUAACCUCUUCCACUUUCAUUAUGAGAUACAUAGGUGGGCUAGAAAUCAUUUGUCACUUAUCUUUGUGAAAAGUGACUACCAUAUUUAUGAACUGAGCAUUAGCUACUUUGUUCAUGGUGAUUUGGGUUGGCACACUUUCAUAUUGACUGUAUUUCACAAAGAUUGUGUGUAUUAUUGUCUUCUAUGCUGUACCUAAUGAAAUAUGUAUUAUAUUACGUGUAUGUUGUAGACUGGAUUUUUAAUGUGUAAUGACACUAUAUUAAUACAUUUUAAAAACUAA